AUGUCCAAAGCCUUCCCAAUCAUUCAAACGGUGCCCGUUGCCAAAGGCACGCCGGAAUAUGAGGAGCUUCGGGACCGCAUCGUGCAGCAACAGUUCGCGGACAAGGUCCCCAAGGAGCUCCUCCUGCCGCCGGCGGUACUCAAGAACCCGCCCAGGAAUGUGACCAGUAUUCCGCGUGACUGCGGGCUUCUGACCCCUGACGAAUUGGAAAUCACCGAGGGCUACGAUGCAACCGCACUCGCCCAGGCGGUUAGAGAACGCAAGCUCACGGCAGUGGCUGUCGCCACCGCCUUUGCCAAGCGAGCCAUCAUCGCCCAUCAGCUUACAUGCUGCCUGACAGAAUGGUUCAUGGACGAGGCUCUGGCCCAGGCAACGGCGCUGGACGACCACCUCGCGUCGACCGGCAGGCCCGUCGGCCCGCUCCACGGCGUGCCGAUCUCCAUCAAAGAGCACGUCCAGAUGGCGGGCCACUGGUCCGCUGACGGUUACAUCGCCAGCCGCCAGAUUGACGACGAGGACAGCCACGUCGUGGCCAUCCUGCGCGGGCUGGGCGCCGUCUUCUACUGCAAGACCAACCAGCCCCAGCACAUCAUGCACCUCGAGACGGUCAGCCCCUACGGGCGCACGCUCAACCCCCACAACAUCGACCUCUCGGCGGGCGGCUCGAGCGGGGGCGAGGGUGCGCUGAUCGCCCUCCGGGGCUCCGUCCUGGGCGUCGGGUCGGACAUUGGGGGCAGCAUCCGCGGCCCGGCUGGGUUCUGUGGUAUAUAUGGCUUCAAGCCGACCAGCCACUAUCUCCCGAUGAUGGGGAUGCUGCACAGCGGGAACCCGGCGGAGUUGACCAUCCUGGCGACCUGUGGGCCCAUGGGCGUGUCGCUGCGGGACCUGGACUUGUUCAUGUCCGGUGUGCUCGGCGAGAAGCCAUUCUUGCGAGAGCCGAGCCUGGUCCCUUUGCCAUGGACCGGACUCAGCACCCCAUUGCCAUCAUCACCAGCACUGAAGGUCGGAUUCGUGAUGAACGAUGGUGUGAUUCAGCCGCAGCCGCCUGUUGUUCGCGCACUCGAAUGGGCAAAAGAUAGGCUUGCCAACUCACCUUCCUUCCAGGUCAAGUCUUUCACACCAUACCGUGCCGCAGAUGCGAUAAGGAAUAUCCGCAAAGCCUACACACCCGACGGCGGCGCCAGCCUCAAGGCCGGUCUGGCGAAGGCGGGAGAACCGAUGGAGAAGCUGACCCAAUGGACCAUCCAGGACGCCGAGGGUCCUCCUUACACCUUCCAGCAGAUGUACGACAUGCGCUUUGAGCGCGACGACUUCCGAAUCGAGUUCGCGAAGCACUGGACGGAGCAAGACGUCGACGUGGUGAUCUGCCCCGUGUUCGUCGGUCCUGCAUCCGCGCAUGACACCGCCCUGUACUGGGACUACACUGCGUUCUGGAACUACGUGGACUGCCCUGGUGUGGUUGUCCCGACGCCGGUGAAAGCCUUGCCGAAGGGUGAGGAGCAGCAGUACGCACCCGGUGAAGCUCUGGGCAAGGAGGAUGCGCACGUGCGGGAGCUAUGGGCUGCGGGAGACUUCGAGGGGGCGCCGAUCAAUUUGCAGAUUGUUGCGCGGAAGUAUCAUGACAGCCACCUGCUUGCGGCUGCGAAGGAGAUUGAGAAGUGUCUUCAUGCUCACAACGGUUAA